CGGCUGCCCGCCGCCGCCGCCGCUCCUGCUCGCGCCGGCGCUGCACGCGAGUCUGCCCGCCGCCGCCUGCUUUGUGCUUCCCUCCGAAGAUGGGAGCGACCUCUCCCCGCUCGAGAGCUAUUUAAAAGGAGAGAGUGCGCGGUAUUUCGUACUAGCGUGAAAGAACCGGGGAAGGAUCCAGUCACACUCCCCCAGACCAGUAGGUGGGGACAUUUGCAAUGCUGCCAUCCUACAACAUGCUGCAAUUACAUCUCUCACCCACCUUUUCAAUGGGAUUUCAUCUGUUGGCCAUGGUGGCCCUCUUGUUUUCUCACGUGGACCAUAUAAGUGCUGAGACUGAAAUGGAAGAAGGCAAUGAGACCAGCGAGUGUACUGGUUCCUAUUACUGUAAGAAAGGGGUGAUUUUACCCAUUUGGGAGCCCCAAGACCCUUCCUUCGGGGACAAAAUUGCUAGAGCUACUGUGUAUUUCGUGGCCAUGGUCUACAUGUUCCUUGGUGUCUCUAUCAUUGCCGACCGGUUCAUGUCCUCUAUAGAAGUCAUCACAUCUCAAGAAAAAGAAAUAACCAUAAAGAAGCCCAAUGGAGAGACCACCAAGACAACUGUGAGGAUCUGGAAUGAGACGGUCUCUAACCUAACCCUGAUGGCCCUGGGAUCUUCGGCUCCAGAGAUUCUCCUUUCAGUCAUUGAAGUGUGUGGCCAUAACUUCACAGCCGGAGACCUUGGUCCUAGCACCAUUGUGGGAAGUGCUGCAUUCAAUAUGUUCAUCAUCAUAGCACUUUGUGUUUACGUGGUCCCAGAUGGGGAGACAAGGAAGAUUAAGCAUUUGCGUGUGUUUUUUGUGACGGCAGCCUGGAGCAUCUUUGCCUAUACCUGGCUUUACAUUAUCCUGUCUGUCAUCUCUCCUGGAGUCGUGGAGGUCUGGGAAGGUUUGCUUACAUUCUUCUUCUUCCCUAUCUGUGUUGUGUUUGCUUGGGUGGCAGAUAGGAGGCUUCUGUUUUAUAAGUAUGUCUAUAAAAGGUACCGAGCUGGCAAGCAGAGAGGAAUGAUUAUUGAACAUGAAGGAGAUAGACCAUCUUCCAAGACUGAAAUUGAAAUGGAUGGGAAAGUGGUCAAUUCUCACGUUGACAAUUUCUUAGAUGGCGCUCUGGUUCUGGAGGUUGAUGAGAGAGACCAAGAUGAUGAGGAGGCCAGGCGAGAAAUGGCUCGGAUUCUGAAGGAACUCAAGCAGAAGCAUCCAGAGAAAGAAAUAGAGCAAUUAAUAGAAUUAGCCAACUACCAAGUCUUAAGUCAGCAACAAAAAAGUCGAGCAUUUUACCGCAUUCAAGCUACCCGCCUGAUGACUGGAGCAGGCAACAUUUUAAAGAGGCAUGCAGCUGACCAAGCAAGGAAGGCUGUCAGCAUGCACGAGGUCAACACGGAAGUGGCUGAAAAUGACCCAGUGAGUAAGAUUUUCUUUGAACAAGGGACCUAUCAGUGUCUGGAGAACUGUGGUACCGUAGCCCUGACUAUUAUCCGCAGAGGUGGUGAUUUGACCAACACGGUGUUUGUUGACUUUAGAACGGAGGAUGGCACAGCCAACGCGGGGUCUGAUUAUGAAUUUACUGAAGGAACUGUGGUUUUUAAGCCCGGUGAGACCCAGAAGGAAAUAAGAGUUGGCAUCAUUGAUGACGAUAUCUUUGAGGAGGAUGAGAAUUUCCUUGUGCAUCUCAGCAAUGUCAAAGUGUCUUCAGAAGCUUCAGAAGAUGGCAUCCUGGAAGCCAAUCAUGUCUCUACCCUUGCUUGCCUGGGAUCUCCCUCCACUGCCACCGUGACUAUUUUUGAUGAUGACCACGCAGGCAUCUUUACUUUUGAAGAACCUGUGACUCAUGUGAGUGAGAGCAUUGGCAUCAUGGAAGUGAAAGUAUUGAGAACAUCUGGAGCACGAGGAAAUGUUAUUGUUCCCUAUAAAACCAUUGAAGGCACUGCCAGAGGCGGAGGGGAGGACUUUGAGGACACCUGUGGCGAGCUCGAGUUCCAGAACGAUGAAAUUGUCAAAACAAUAUCAGUCAAGGUAAUUGAUGAUGAGGAGUAUGAGAAAAACAAGACCUUCUUCCUUGAGAUUGGAGAGCCCCGCCUGGUGGAGAUGAGUGAGAAGAAAGCCCUGUUAUUGAAUGAGCUUGGUGGCUUCACAAUAACAGGAAAAUACCUGUAUGGCCAACCUGUCUUCAGGAAAGUUCAUGCUAGAGAACAUCCGAUCCCCUCUACUAUAAUCACCAUUGCAGAGGAAUAUGAUGACAAGCAGCCGCUAACCAGCAAAGAGGAAGAGGAGAGGCGCAUUGCGGAGAUGGGACGCCCCAUCCUAGGAGAGCACACCAAGCUGGAGGUGAUCAUUGAAGAAUCCUAUGAGUUCAAGAGUACCGUGGACAAACUUAUAAAGAAGACAAACCUAGCCCUUGUAGUUGGGACUAACAGCUGGAGGGAGCAGUUUAUCGAGGCGAUUACUGUCAGUGCUGGGGAAGAUGAUGAUGAUGAUGAAUGUGGGGAGGAGAAACUGCCCUCCUGCUUCGAUUAUGUGAUGCACUUUCUGACUGUGUUCUGGAAGGUCCUCUUCGCCUUCGUCCCCCCGACAGAAUACUGGAAUGGCUGGGCAUGUUUCAUUGUCUCCAUCCUCAUGAUUGGCAUCCUGACAGCUUUCAUCGGAGACCUGGCUUCCCACUUCGGCUGCACCAUCGGCCUGAAGGAUUCUGUGACUGCAGUGGUGUUUGUGGCGCUUGGAACUUCCGUGCCAGACACAUUUGCAAGCAAAGUGGCUGCUACCCAGGACCAGUACGCAGACGCAUCCAUAGGUAACGUCACGGGCAGCAACGCGGUGAAUGUCUUCCUGGGAAUCGGCGUGGCCUGGUCCAUCGCUGCCAUCUACCAUGCGGCCAACGGGGAACAGUUCAAAGUGUCCCCUGGCACACUAGCUUUCUCUGUCACACUCUUCACCAUUUUUGCUUUCAUCAAUGUGGGGGUGCUGCUGUAUCGGCGAAGGCCAGAAAUCGGAGGUGAGCUGGGUGGGCCCCGGACUGCCAAGCUCCUCACAUCCUGCCUCUUUGUGCUCCUGUGGCUCUUGUACAUUUUCUUCUCCUCCCUGGAGGCCUACUGCCACAUAAAAGGCUUCUAAAGGAACAAUCAGAUAUAGUAAAUUUAUAUAUAUAUAUACAUAUAUAUAUACAUAAAAAUUAUGUAUAACAAACAGAGGAAACUGACAUUUGUCAUGUCCACUUACCUGCUGAUGGAAUCCAGCUUCAAGAGCAUACUCUGUACUAGGGCUGGAGCGAGAACGCAUCACCUCCCGUUCCCAGGGGCAUCGUCACGUUGAACAAGGCAUGGAGGCAGGGCCAUCUUUGCAGCUCAGCCUAGAAGGGCUGUGUUCUCCCCGGGUUCAUAAAUUGUUAAGUCUUUGAUUUGUUUUCUGUUUUUGCUUGUCUGGGGCAGGGGACAAGGAGGUUGCUGAUGUUAAGCUUUUGUUUUUGUUUUGUUUUAUUGAUUUGAGGUGGGGAGAAUCAGGGUUUUUGCUUCUCUUAUGGAGAGUGAUGACCAAUCUAAAUGCAAAUGGGUUUCUGGUAGAAAUGAAAAUCAUUAAGAUUACUCUUUCCCCAACACACUUUAAAAAUUAUUCUGGAGUGAGAAAGGAAAUGGGCAUGGAAGAAGAAAGAAGCAUGUGUUCACCCUGUUACUAAAUUUCAUGCUCACCUCUGGCACGAGAGCAGAGGUGACACUGCCUCCAAGAAGAAAUAUGGGAGCUGGAAUGGAGCCAAGGAAAGAGUCAGUCUGAUAUUUAAAGAUAUGAUACCUGGCACUCUUGUUCAACAGGUAUAGGAAUCACAUGCCUAGAUUCCCAGGAACAUGAAAACCCUUUCCUAUCUCUUUAGCACUGGACUGUGAUUGGCAAGGCCCUUAUUCUGGUAUUCCAGCCCAACUAGCCCCCUCCCCCGCACCGGUUCCGCUCCCAAGCCUCUUCCUCCUGCCCACCAAGCCUCCUACAAACAGGAAGAGUAACCCCAUUCUAAAAGCACAUCAUCCUUUUCCAUGCACAUCAAUUCGAGUCCCAGUCCCACACUGGUGUUGCCUGGGAUCGUCCAUCGGUUUUGUUUUCAAAAGCAUCCAUGGCCUGCAUAGCUGUGUCCCAGUCAUGACUGAACAUUUGCUCCUCCUUCAUGUGCCUGUUUGGGAAUGUUGUUGUGAUACCUGUUACACAGUGCAUGGAUGAAAAAUAAAUACAACAAAACAAAGCGUAGCUGUAUAUAGUAGAGUAGAGCAUAUACCGUUCUCCAAUUCAGCGACAUUGAUUGGACAUUGAAGACAUCAGUGAGUUUUCCUUUCACCUAAGUUGUCACCUUUGUGUUGUAAUUGAGUUGUAUGAGCGAUAAAAGGAGGAAAUGGUUUGUUGUUCGUGGACCUGCAACCUUCAUGUCUAAGAAGCACUGUAACUGCCCCAUGGGAGGUUAAAGAUGUUGAGAGGACAGCAGGCCAACCAUAGAGUAUCUUCGUGGAGAAGUAGCUAGCCAUGUGGUACACCUGGGAAACCUCUGCAAAACUCCAUUGAUUCAGGAAGGCAAAGGUGAAGGUGCUGUAGAGAAGGGAAGGUAUUAGAUGUGCCGGGCUUUAGAAGCCUCCACUCCCAUGACACUCCUGCCCCUAGAGUAUUUAUUUCACAUCUGCUCUGUCUGGCACAGAUGGUAGAUAGUGCUGGUUUGUUAUUUUAUUUUUUUAUGUAAAAGGCUAUUUGGAGCCCUGUUUCUUUCGCCGUCUGGAUCCCUCCGAUUAUAUCUGCAGUUCCUGAAGAGGAAAGAAGCCACGGUGAGCAAUAGGCCUUUGCAAGUGUGUCUUCUCUACUUAGGACAAAGGAGGAAGCAAUUAUAUGAGCUAAUGUGUACCUCCCAGGAGGAUUGCCCUGGGGGGUGGGGAGGGAUUAACCCUGGAAAAGGAACGGUUCUUUCAUUUUCACAAUAUCAAAGAGCGUGGAUAAACCCAACAUUCCAUCGUCAGGAGUCCAUGAAUGAGGAGAAAUGGAAUGACACAGGUCCCUUCUCAGAUACUUCUCUAAAGAAUCCCAGGCCAGAGCCACCCCUCAGGCCCUCUGUAUUGAUUUAAAGGUAUACUUAACAAUUUUCAUUUCUUAUUUUCUCUUCUGUCACUUAGUAAUCACAAUCAUUCAUCAUUUAAUAAACACUGGGUUCCUGAAUGAAUAAUGAAAUGCUGGUACCCAUUCAACAUGCCAGGUCCUGCCAGAGGUGCUCUCUCUUAGGAACUGAACCACAGAUAAGACAGCCCAGAUCCCUGUCCUGAGAGGGUUCCCUGUUAAGGUGAUGGCCAUUUCCAUAAGAAGAGCUAACCCAGCCACAGGGAAACAGUUUGACCUUGCAAGAAAAAGGCAAGUAUGAAACUCUCUUGUCUAAAUAUCUAUGAUUUUUCUUUAACUAGGAGAGUAUAAGGUACAGGUUUUCCUAAGCAUUCUGGGUAUCCUUAGCCAAUCUUACAGAUAGGAGCAUCUUUUCAAUUUAAACCAGGUGAGACAAUAUGAUAUUGGUGAUUCAGAUCAAGAGAAGGCCCGGUUAAUCUCAGUUUUUCUCUCUGUCGGACAACAGUACUUUUCUAUGCCUUCUAGAGCUCUACAACUUCUCCUGUAUCCUGCAGCAUCACCCUGGACCACUCAUGGCCCAACACACUGGUGGCACACUCUAACCCAUUUGGGGGAAGAUUUAUUAAAUAGAAAGCUAGCUUAGAAACAUCAAGUAAAUAAUCACAGGAUACGAGUUGUUUAAACAUCAGAAAGACUUUGCACUCCUUUCUAGCCAUAUUUGGAAUGUUAACCAUCCCAUAGCAAAUUUUCACAGAGGACUUUAAGAAAUCCUUGCCAUUGGUCAAUUUCAAGUUCAAAGCUUUUUGGUUUGUUUGCUUUUGAAAUUUUCAUGUUAUAGGGAAAAUAUGAUUCUGGUUGUUCAGGGUUGUAUUAGUCAUUAUAGUUGUGUAAAAAUUUCAUUUUGUUUGAUUAUUUUAUUUUGUGUGUAUUGUGCACAGCUUUAGGGGGGGAGUGCACUAAUUGUGCUGUUCCUUAUAAAUGGUACACAUUAUUGACACAGACAAAUAAAGUUUCUAAUUGUUUCUGACUUAA